AUGGAGCGGUGGACAAGCCAGCAGAUGCCAAGCUCGAAGGCGUCGUAUGGUUUACUCAUGGCCAUGUGUUCUCUGGCCGCGUACCGCAUUCAAAAGGGAAUCGCACCGGCUGCGGUCGGGUUUGCUCGCCAUCUGAAACCGCAAGUGUAUCUGCAGGAGGCCAUGUCAUCCGUCGACUUAUCACUUGCUGUGCAGAAGCAGACAGAAGAGCUCCAGGCAGUGGCUCUUUUGUGCGUGACGGGCCUCGAGAAGGGUGAUGCAGCCUUGCUACAGCAAUAUCUUGGACUCUACCACGCGACUGUGGCCAACCAGAGCUUGUAUGACGAGAAUAGGUGGCCGCCCAGCAUGCACGAUAUGGAAAAGGAGCAGCGGAGACGAUUGUACUGGUACAUGUACCGUCUCGAAGUUCACACGGCUCUUGUCAUGGGCCAUCCUGUCCGCUGCCCCGAGCUCGAAUCGCUAGUCGCCUAUCCCCAGAUUCCCGACUUUGACCGUUUCGGUGGCAAUUACGGUGAUGGAACUGAAGCAAUAAACGACAACGGCGAGGUGGAGUGGCUUACUGGGUGGAACUUUGUUACGGACUUAUACCGGGGCCUAGAGCAUCUAUUGGCCAAGUUCCGGCCCCGGCGGCUCUCCACGCACCAUAGCCGAAUUGGCCCCGGCUCGACCUUGCCGACGAUGUUCCUCAUCGACUUCGACCCCGAAUCCAAGAUUCUAAUGCCACUCAAAGCUGCAUUAAAUAAACUGCCUAUUCGUUUCAAGCACGCUCAACCGCUGUCAUCCAAUGUAUCUCUGAAUCGGUGCGGAUUCCAGGCCACAAACAUCGUUUGCACGUAUCAGCUGGUCCGUAUUAUGGUUUAUGCGUUCAGCAAAGCAACAUUCAGCCAGGCUUGUCGCACCGCUAUCGACCUAGUUGAAGACAUGGCCUCGAUUCCAAUGGAUUAUCUAAAAUGGACAACGCUUGCUGCGCACUUUAGACUCUGCAUCAAGGAAUAUCUGGAGAGCCUGCAGUCCAGUUUCACGUAUGUGCGGCGUGCCAGCAUGCGCAUGGGAGAGUACGUAGAGGAGAUCGACCAGGUGUUGCUCUCGCGAGAGCGAGAUGAUACCCAUCGACAAGGCUCAUGCAUCCAAAAAGACGAUGGAAUGAAACAACAGCAGUUAUAUAUGCCGUUUCCGGACCAGGAUACUUCUCAUGCCUGGCGAGACGUAUUCAGGGACUGA